AUGGCCGCAUACAAUAAUCAAUCGAAUGGAUCGGGGAAUGCGAAUGGGCCGGAUGGUCGACCGAUUCAGGUCGUAAUUAGCGAAGCGUGGUCGUGGAGCAAGUUUGCGCGGAAGUUUGGGUCUAAGGUGCUUUACGGCAUUUUGCUUAUGACGGGUCUCAACGUCUUGCUGGACUCGCAAGGGAUCAUCAAAUCGGGCAUGAACGCGGCGGAAGUGGAGCCGAACAGCAUGGCACAAUCGAUCAAGUUUGAGGACGUGCAGGGCGUUGAUGAGGCGAAGCAUGAGCUUGAGGAGGUUGUGGCGUUCUUGAAGGAACCGAAGAAGUUUAUGGAGGUUGGUGGGAAGCUUCCGAAAGGCGUCCUUCUGUACGGACCACCAGGAACCGGCAAAACGCAUCUCGCGCGCGCCGUAGCAGGCGAAGCCGGCGUCGCUUUCUUCCAGAUGAGCGGAAGCGAGUUUGACGAGCUGUAUGUUGGCGUUGGCGCUCGCCGUGUUCGCGAAUUGUUUGCGGCGGCGAAGAAGAAAGCCCCGUGCAUCAUUUUCAUCGAUGAGCUGGACGCGGUGGGCAGCAAGAGGAAUGCGAAGGAUCAGAGUUAUAUGCGGCAGACGCUGAAUCAGUUACUUGUUGAGUUGGAUGGGUUUUCAUCAGGAGAAGGCAUCAUUAUCAUCGCCGCAACAAACACCCCUGAAGCCCUCGACAAAGCGCUCGUGCGCCCCGGACGUUUCGACCGUCUCGUCCCCGUCCCCCUCCCCGACGUGCAAGGCCGCACGAAGAUCCUCGAAGUACACUCCAAGCCUGUAUCCGUCUCCCCUAACGUCGACAUGCACACGAUCGCUCGCGGCACACCCGGCUUCUCCGGCGCUGACCUCGCCAACCUCAUCAACCACGCCGCGAUCAAAGCCUCCAAAGAGGGCGUGCGCUCCGUGCGCAUGGAAGACCUCGAAUGGGCAAAAGACAAGAUCAUCAUGGGCUCCGAACGCAAAUCCGCCGUCAUCACCGAACACAACAAGAACCUCACUGCUUACCACGAGGGCGGACAUACCCUCGUCGCCCUGCACACCCCCGGUGCCACACCAUUGCACAAAGUCACUGUGAUACCCCGUGGCAAUGCCCUCGGCGUCACGGUGCAGCUCCCCGAGGCCGACAAGACCAACCAUACCCGGAAAGAGCUGUAUGCGAUGCUGGACGUGUGCAUGGGCGGCCGCGUGGCGGAGGAAAUGAUCUUUGGCCCGGAUGAAGUCACGACGGGCGCGAGCUCGGAUUUGCAAAAGGCCACGGCGGUCGCGAGGGAGAUGGUGCUGUCUUAUGGGAUGAGUGAGAAGGUUGGCGCGGUUGGAUAUGGAGAGGAUGGGUGGGAUCGGUUGAGUCCGGCGACGAAGGGGGUGAUUGAGAUGGAGGUCAAGAAUUUGUUGGAUGGCGCAUACGCCCGCGCCACGCACCUCCUCAAAACCCACAAAGAGGAACUGCACCGGCUCGCGCGUGCACUCAUGGAGCACGAGACGCUGGAUGUAGAUGAGAUUCGGAUCGUCGUCAAAGGUAAUCAUCAUCACACACGCCUGUUGUCGUCCAUUUCCUUCCCAUCUCAACCUCUGACUCUGCGAUGUUUUCGAUCAAUGUAUAGGCGGCCGCAUAAAACCAUUGAAAGCAAAGUUGUUGGAGUCGGAGAAGGGUGCGGCUGUUAA